AUGGUAGAGCCAGAUCCACAAUUCAAAUUGGUUAUACUUGGAAAUUCAAAUGUCGGCAAAACCUGCAUCGUUCAUAGAUUUGCCAAUGAAUCAUUCUUACUUUUUACUGUUAAAAUUAAAAAAAAUUAAAUUUAUUAUAGGUUUUUCUAAUAUAUAAGCUGACGUAGGUGAAUUGCUAUUUAUUCGUAAUUUGGUCCAGCCAUCACUAUUUGGCUAGAACAACUUAAUUGUGUAAAUUAGACCAAAAAAAUGUUGUUCAGACUGCAUUGCAAUUCACCUAUUUGAUUGGCUUCUUCAUCAGAAAAAUCUAUUAAAAAAUAUUUUAUUUAGGGUGAGUUAGAAGGAUCUACUCCUACUAUAGGUGCAAAUUUUUUAACAAAACAAAUGACACUAUCAGAUGGAAAAAGAAUAAAACUCGAAGUUUGGGAUACCGCAGGACAAGAAAGAUAUAAAAGUCUUACACCUAUGUAUUACAAAGGGUCUUCAGCAGCUCUUAUUAUAUACGAUAUAACCCAGCCAUCUACUUUAGAAGGAGCUAACUCUUUCCAUAAGCGAGAUAAAAUUCGAAAAAAAUUGUUUUUUAAUAUUAAAUAAAAUAUUUUUAUAAUUUUCUAAUAAAUCUAAUUAAUUUUGGCCUAAAAUUAAAAUUUAUAUAUUAAAUUAUAGAAAUUUCCCAUAGAUGGCACUGUUUGCCCUUGAUUUGCCCACUGAAAAUUUUUUUUGGUUUGACCAAACCAUAUGGUACUGGUCGAACCAAAAAAUUUUUUCAGUGGGCAAAUCAAGGGCAAACUGCGCCAUUUAAGGGAAAUUUCUAUAUAUAUUAUUUUCAAAUUUGGCAUUUUAAACAAAGCUUGCUCAAUCAAAAAGCGAGAGAUUAAGGAUUGGAUUAAAGAAUUAAAAAACCAUGGACCAGCAAAUAUUAUAGUAGGACUAGUAGGAAACAAAUUAGAUUUAAACAGAAAUGUGUCAAAAGAAACUGGGAUGGAUACAGCACAAAGGAAUAUGUCAUUAUUUUUUGAGGUCUCUGCAAAAACUGGUGAAAAUAUUAGUGAAAUGUUUCAGGAAAUUGCAAAUAGAUUGCCUAAAGAUCCACCCAGGAAGCGGCAAGCACUUAGCCAAGGAGAAGCGAAAAAAGAAACUUCGUCUUGCUGCAAUUAA